GUUUCUAGGGGGGGGGGUCACAUGUGCGGUGAGAGCGCCUCGGUAGCUGACAGGCAGCGGCGGCGGCGACGGCAGGAGGCGGAGGAUGCUACUGUACCCUGCUGUAUCCCGGCUCCGGGCACUACUAUACUGAGGGCGGAGGGCAGGCGCUGAUGCUGACUGCAGACAGGAUUACACUCCCAUGAUGACGGUGCUGGGUACCAGUAUACCGCUGAUUUAGUGUUUGUUGUUGCCACCCGCGGAUUUACUGCUGGUGCUGGGGAACGGGCUUCCUGUGAAGUAUCAAAGCAGCGGCGUGGGAAGGAAUGAGUAUAGAAAUCCCAGAGGGGCUGACGGAGCUGCUGCAGAGGUUUACAGUGGAGGUGCUGAGGAAGCAGCCCGAAGACCUGCUGGAAUUCGCCCUGCAGUACUUCACUCAGCUGAAGGAGUCUCAGAGCCAAGGGGCUACCCUAAGUCAUGACACGGACUUACCUUUCAGACACUCCAAAGGGGUCAACUUUGCAGAUGAGCCCAUGCAAACCGACUCUGAAAAUGGGGAUGAAGAGGAAGAUGAGGAUGAUGAUGAAGAAUUUGUUGCUCCAGUGAUAAGCAGAUUCUCAAGACGUGCAUCUGUGUGUGCAGAAGCAUUUAAUCCAGAUGAAGAAGAUGAUGAAACGGAAAAAAGGAUCAUCAACCCAAAAACAGAUGAUCAGCGAAACAGAUUGCAGGAAGCUUGCAAGGAUAUCCUCUUGUUCAAGAGCUUGGAUCAAGAACAGAUGUUUCAAGUAUUAGAUGCCAUGUUCGAGAAAUUGGUCAAAUGUGGAGACCACAUAAUUGAUCAAGGUGAUGACGGGGACAACUUUUAUGUUAUUGACAGGGGGACGUAUGACAUUUAUGUAACGAUAGAUGGCGUGGAAAGAUGCGUUGGUGGUUAUGAUAACCAUGGAAGUUUUGGGGAGUUGGCAUUAAUGUACAACACAUCUAGAGCUGCUACUAUUAUUUCAACAUCUGCUGGAGCAAUAUGGUGUCUGGACAGAGCAACUUUCCGAAGAAUUAUUGUUAAAAACAAUGCCAAAAAGAGAAGAAUGUAUGAAAAUUUCAUAGAAUCCCUGCCAUUCUUAAAGUCUUUAGAAGUAUCAGAACGUUUAAAGGUGGUUGACGUCAUAGGCACCAAAAUGUAUCGUGAUGGAGAACAAAUCAUAGCUCAGGGUGAUGAAGCAGAGAGCUUUUUUAUUGUAGAAUCUGGUGAAGUAAAAAUAACAAUGAAAAGCAAGAGUAAAGCAGACGCUGAAGUGAAUAAAGCCGUGGAAAUAGCUCGAUACUCCAGAGGGCAGUAUUUUGGAGAACUUGCCCUGGUGACGAACAAACCCAGAGCUGCUUCUGCAUUUGCUGUCGGCAGUGUAAAAUGUUUAGUCAUGGACGUGCAAGCUUUUGAAAGGCUCUUGGGACCAUGUAUGGAGAUUAUGAAAAGAAACAUUGCAAACUAUGAAGAACAGCUGGUUGCACUAUUUGGAACAAACAUGGACAUUACUGACCCAAGUUCCUGAAGUGAAAAUGCUGGCAAGGAAGAGCCAAAAAGAAGAAAAUAGCACAGUUGUGGUCAGUCCACAAAGAAAGUGUCUGUAUUUGUAGAUGCCAAGCAUAUUCUGCAGUAUAUUUGUUUUUUACAUUAGCCCCUUUAGUGGCACAAGAGCUUGCAAUUCAUAACAGCUUUGCAAUAGCUUGCGAUCACGCUAAAGGUUGUAAUUUUAUUUAUUUUUGAUUUUUUUUUACGUUUUUUUUUAUAUAUAUUACUUCAGGUAUACUGGUAAAGAACAUUGUGAUUUUAUAGAUGACAAACUUCAUCUAAAAUACUUCCUGAGCAUUUAGGUUCUAAAAAUUCAGUAUUCUGUUUUAGAGGGAUUAGCAUCUCCUCCAUACUGUCAUUGCUCAGCUAAUGGAGCAAAUGCAUCUGCUACUGUUAGGAUACUAUAUGUAAUGGCUUCCCCCAAACACAGAACACUGCUGUUAUAUUCAUGAGAUAGACUUAGCAUGGUUUGUUCCUGCACUACCACUUAGAGAAAGUAAAUACACAAAAAUGAGCCAGUUAGCAUGCCACGUUAUUCUGUAGACCACGUGUUCCUUAUGUGUUUCUAUACUUUGUUUCUGCAAUAAUUUGCUUUAUUUCACAUAAUUUAUUUUUAAGUCUGGUACAACCAGUUGAGAACAAUAUUGAUGGACCCAUGAAGGUAGUCAGUUCACCUAAACGGUAGGAUGCAGUACUUGAGUAAUUAGCACCAGGUGUGCUGAGUAUUUGGCAGAGGCUCAGUGAUGUCCUGAUUUCUAGCAAAAAGAAUAGUCCACAGACUGGUGCCUCUGCUGCAUAGGUGACAGAUCCACUUUGACAUAUUGUAGGGUCUAAGCAACUACUAUUUUCAAUCCACCGUAGUAAGCAAGGCAUGUCCUUUUUAUUCUAACAGUAAAGCAUUUUGAAGCUAACACCUUAUACAAAUUUAACACUUUGCAUUGCAGCAUAGCAUCUGCCAAGGGCUAGAAUUGUAUUAUCUGGAACAUAAAAUGGUAAGUCAAGUCUGGUUAGUAAUCUUUCCAAAACAUAUGUGCUGCUCCUUGCUGCACCCAAAGAGUUACACAACAAGCAACCUGGGUUUAUUUGUAUAUAAAUAGUAGUGUUUUGGUUUAUAACACUACUGUCUACCACUGACAAGUAAAAUAGCUGUAUCCCUGUGAUUAUUUGACAAAAUCCUGAACACGUUAGUAUGGGCAGCAGACUUUGUAUUGUAAUGAGGUAUAAGAGAAGACUAGCCAUGGAUUGGUGCGUUGCAGUUUUACGGACCAGUUUCCACACUUACCUUUUCUGUCCGUCCAUAUGUAAUAUAUAAAGAGGCUUCCUUUAUACCUUUAUAACAUUGCUACAUUACCUGAUUUGAAGCUUUCUACAGUAAAACGAAUAACAAAAUGGAGUAUUACAUAAUCUAGAUUUGUUUUUCUGUAGAUAAUAUCUCACUUCUCUGAGAGAAGUUAUUGUAUUAUCCAUUCAUUUAACAGGUCUAAGCACAGAAUGGCAGUAUAAUUACCAAGGAUCUCAUAGAAUACAUCCGAUUAUAAGCAGUUUCACGAGUAUAACUAACACCUUGUGUGCAAUGUAAUUAGUGUGACCAUGCCAUGGAGUAGAAAUGUAUUCCUUACAACUGUGUGACUGUGAAAAUGCAAUCAAAUAGCCAGUGGUAUAAAUCCACAAUCUUCUCACAUAAUGGGUGAUUAUUUCAGAAGACAUGAAAGAUCAGCAUGUGAGUCUGGUUCUUCCCUUCUUUCCUGUCGCUCUUCCCAUUUGAGAAAUGACCUCAUUUUGUCUUCACAGUGUUCGAGUAUUACUGUAUAACAACUGCUUUCUACCCUAAUUGUUGAAUUGAAUGUGCUCUAUUCACGCUAAUUACAUACUUUCUGUCAGGAAUUUGUUAAACCACAUCUCCCAAAGUGGGGUAUAGCUGCAUGUGAAUAUUUGGGACUGAAACAAGGCUGAUCUAUAUGGUUACCAUCCAUUGAUGUCCUAUGCAGAUUGUGUUCUAACCACUGAAGCAGAAUUUUAGGCACAUAUUAAGGGUCAUUUUACAAAUGCUGUUUUGUGAAAUAAUGGGGCUUAUUCAGACCUGAUCGCUAGGCUACUAAAAUUGUAGUCCUGCGAUCAGAUAGUCGCCUCCCAAGGGGAGUGUAUAUUCGCCAUGCAAGUGUGCAAUCGCAUGUGUACGCCGAGCAGCUAAAAACACCCUCCGUCAGCGGACAGCUGCAAAUCCGUUCACACUUCACUCACCAGUGAAUGAUUUGCCCUGUGUGUGCAGUUUCUGCGCAGCCCAGGACUUACUCCUACAGGACGGUCAGAACGGGCUGAUCAGGGCACACCCUCCCUGAAAACACUUGGGAAUGCCUGCGUUUUCCCUGACACUCCCAGAAAACAGUCAGUUACCACCCACAAACGGCUUCCUCCUGUCAAUCAGCAUACGAUUGGCUGUGCGAUUAGAAUUUUCGCACAAGCCUGUCGCUGACCGGCGAUGACUGUUGUUUGCCGACACGCGCGCGCAUUGCGGUGCAUACGCAUGCGCAGUUAUUACCUGAUCACCCGCACAGCAACUAUCAGGUCUGAAUCACCCCCAAUGAUCCUACCUCUGCACAGAUGCUCCAGAGUACGCAGCCUAUUGGCUCAAGGCUGAGCUUGAUUCAGUGAUGCGAUUUAUUGACUCUAAUAGUAGGAUUGAGAUGUUCUUUGCUGAAUGCAGGUGGGGUAGAUGUCUCAUAUUGUGCACACAUUCAAAAAUGUAUAUAUUGUGCUAUAGGCCCAUAUAUUGAGACUGGAUUCAAGAUGUUGUUAGAUCCUGGUUAAGUGGGUGGCUGCAUAGCUCCCCUUGAUUUUAACAUGUCCUCUAAGUUGACUGCAAUGGGGAGUCUGCCAUUACUUUCAAUGUCUUUUGUAGCAACCUGGAGCAAUUUAUACAGGAAGGCUUAUUUUUAUGCGCAAAAAUACCUCUGUAAUACAAACAUUCAAAUGUACAAAUGUGACACCUGAAAUAAAGACAGUCCCAAUGUUUA